UUCCUCAUUACCGUACGACAGUUACGUCAUUUUGUUUGGAUCGGUCUCAGGAAGAGAAAUCUGCAACAUCAGUCGGUCAAUGUUCGGUUCAGCACCCUGCGUACUGGAUACAAGACACGAAAUUAAUUACAUCUAGGAGGGCUGUGUCUGGUAAGCGUGGCAGGGGGAGUUGCUGACCUUCAUGCUGAGAGGUCACGGAGGAGAAGACCCAUGGAAGAUGGUCAGUGUGAGAGGGAGGGGCCAGUAGUGUCUGAGGGUGGGGUUGACCUCCACCGCAACCAAUCAGACCCCUCGGAACCAAAUCAGAACCAAAACCAGAACCGGACGCAGACUCAACUAGAGGAUGGUCAGAGGGUUGGACGAGACUUCAUCCAACAGAACUCUUUAAACAACAAUGUAGAGGAAGAGGAGGAGGAAGGUAGAACGGUGAAGGGAGAGGAAGACUGGAAUGAGGAUGAUGUGAUUGUGGAAGAAGAGGAGGAGGACAGCAGCGUGACUCACGGCCAAUCACCCGACACUCCUAUGACUGACUGUUCCUUCUCAGACACAGGCAGUCCGGUAGCGCUCCGGCCCACUGUGUCUCCAGAGACUACAGAUCCCAUCAGCUCCCAAGCAACAAGUCCAGACGAACCCUGCUACAGUGACCCUGCGGGCGAGACACACACCUCCACCACAGGACCCACUACCUCCAGUUCAGAACCUACCACCUCAAGCCCCACCUGCACCACAGGACCUACCACCUCCACCACUGGCCCCACCUGCACCACAGAACCUACCACCUCCACCACAAGUCCCACCUGCACCACAGAACCUACCACCUCCACCACAAGCCCCACCUGCACCACCGGGCCUACCACCUCCACCACAGGCCCCACCUGCACCACAGGACCCACAAUUUCCACCACAGGCCCCACCACCUCCACCACAGACCGCACCUGCACCACAGGACCUACCAUUUCCACCCCAGGCCCCACCACAGGCCCCACCUGCACCACAGGACCUACCACCUGCACCACAGGACCCACCACCUGCACCACAGGCCCCACCUGCACCACAGGACCCACCAUUUCUACCACAGGACCUACCACCGCCACUGCAGAGCCUAUCCCUAGCCCUGCCCUCCUGGCCACCUUAAAGGAGUUAGGGGAGCGGGGAGAUCACUCCCACCUGCCUCAGUACCUCCAUCAGGUAGCCGAGGCCUUUGUCCUCCAGGAAGAUUAUGAGCGAGCAGUGUGGUGUGUUCAGCUAGAGAGACUCUACCACCAGCGACUACUAAACAACCUGACAGCACUGCAGGAACAGUGGGAGAGGCGAUGCAGGGCAGACGGUCGGGGGGAGAGGAACAGUGAGACUGACCUGACUGCACAGCAGCUGGACAUACUCACACACAUCUGCACGACACACCAACGACCCAGUCCUGGAGAAGAGAAGACUGUGGACUCUGUGCUGGAGAGUCCUGUUCGUGGUGAGGACAGACUGCCUGCAUGCCGCUCAGUUCGGUUAUUUGAGUGUUUGUUGGGGAUGGAGGAGGACCAGAGAGGAACAGACUCCACCCUCUCCCAGAGCAUCAACCCAAUAAAAUCAGCCGGAGCCCUGAAGGACAGCCUCAGCUCCAAUGACUGUGCAGCUCUGGGUGUGGCACAGAACUGCAGAGACUCCCAGGGGAUUGGGAGGGCUGAAUUCACAGACUCUCGGAGCGAGGGAACGGGUCAGCAGACGGAGAGUGAGAUGGAACACACCACUCAGGAGGGUUGCACUACGCCGGACCGCCCUACGGAUGGGGAAAUGAGCCAACCCAAGCAUGAGGAGCAGCAGGGAGGAGAGGAAAAACAGGAGGAGGUGGAAGAGGCAGAGGAGGCCUUGGCAUUAGAGGAAGAGGAGAAAGAGGAGAAGAGAGAUGGUGUUGAUUGUUUAAAAGCUCCUCUAGAGGAGAUCUCAGCCUUAGCAGUGAAGGAGCAGCUCACACUGGAGGAGGCCCAGCUGCGCGAGGAGGCCCAGCUGCGCGAGGAGGCCCAGCUGCGCGAGGAGGCCCAGCUGCGCGAGGAGGCCCAGCUGCGCGAGGAGGCCCAGCUGCGCGAGGAGGCCCAGCUGCGCGAGGAGGCCCAGCUGCGCGAGGAGGCCCAGCUGCGCGAGGAGGCCCAGCUGCGCGAGGAGGCCCAGCUGCGCGAGGAGGCCCAGCUGCGCGAAGAGGAGUAUGAUAUGUUUGGAGUGGACAUGGUGGAGACUAUCAGAGACCGGGUGGCUUCUCUGGACGACCUGGCCAAACGCAUUACAGUGGAGGAGAUGACCCCUGUCCCUGGCCUUGUGUCCAUCCUGAAGAGGAGGAGUGUGUGUGUGGAGGAUGUGUGUGUUGCUCCCUUCUCGGCCCCACUCAAAUACAAACACCCUGCUAAACGCAGGGUCCGUUUCAAAGUACCUGACGACGGCUUUGACCACGACGAGGUGGGCGGAGACUCCUGCCUGCUCCUCUUCCUGCUUUGCCUGGUCACUGUGGUGAUCAGCCUGGGAGGCACCGCCCUCUACUGUGCCCUAGGCGACGCCCAGUCCACUGUCUGCACCGACUUCUCCCGUAACGCUGACUUCUACCUCGCACAGCUGCAUCGUGGGAUGGAUCAGCUCCAAAACUGGCUAACCCCCGCGUCUUAGCUGACCCCCAAGAGGAGAGGAGAAGAGAGGGGGAGGAGAAGAGAAAUAGGGGGAGGGGAGGAAGGAAAGGAGAGGGGGAGAAGAAGGGGACAGAGGAGGAAAACUCCCUCGUUUUGCAGAGUGGAUAUACUCGUCUCUCUUUAUGUCCUGCCCUGUUUUAAUCUCUCUCUCUCUCUCUCUCUCUCUCUCUCUCUCUCUCUCUCUGUCAGUCUUUCUGUCUUUACUGGCUGGCCAGUUAGUGUGUUUGUGUGGCGGGAGAGAGUGAUUGAACGAUGUGUGUGUCUGUGUGGUACUGGUAGGCUGCAUCCACACUAAAAGUUCCCUAAGACAUCUGCAGUGCUGCCUGGUAGAACUAGUAGGACUGACCUAGGACCUGUAGUAUACUGGACUACCCAUAGACGUCAAAUGUACACUACUGGACAUGGACUGACUCGAAGUCAGCCCAGAGGAAUGGAUAAUAUUCAUUACCACUGACCUUGAACCUGCUCACUACUACAUGGACCUGUCCUCUGGGUCCUUCAGGCAUGGACAGAACUGCUCAACUGCGCAGACAGGAAGUGCUUGUGUAGCCAUUUCAGAAACUGGCACAGCUCUUUGUUUACUGCCGACAUUUUUAAUCUCAUCUACACCUCAAAAAUAUGAACAAUUCUGCUGUGGUCAGAAACAUUAAAUAAUGUCUUUAAAAUAAUCUAAUAAUGAAUGUUUUGUUGUAAUGAAACAGAUUUGACUUUCCUUUACGUUCCUCACUAUUGAGUAUUUUUAUGUUGUAGGUAGGGUGUUUCUUUGGGCUGAGGAUAGAAGUUUCCCCGAAUCACAGAUCUAAGAUCAUAUCUUAACCGCAUCCUCAACCAGGAGGGGGAUGAAAUAUCUGACCCUGUAUCAGUGGAUAGGGGAAUCUGCUACCCCUUCUGUUUAUUGGGUUGUUUUGGGGUACAGAGAGUUCAGCCUGAUUGUAGCGUUGGCCCCUUGAUGACCCUUAGUGUGUGUCAGACAGAGAUAUAUGCAACACGGACAAGAAAGCAAUACAUGUCUGUAAUCAUGUGCGUUAAAGAAUGUUAUUUUAGUUCUUUCGUUCUUAAAAAAAAAAAAGUCAACCCUUUUUCUCCCCAAUUUCGUGGUAUCCAAUUGGUAGUUACAGUCUUGUUUCAUCGCUGCAACUCCCGUACGAAUUCGGGAGAGGCGAACACGAUCCAACCAAUGCCCGCUUAACCCGGAUGCCAGCUGCACCAAUGUGUCGAGGAAACACAGUGCACCUGCCGACUGUCAGCGUGCACUACACCCGGGCUGCCACGGGAGUCGCUAGUGCGCGAUGGGACAAGGACAUCCCGGCCGACUGUGUCAGCGUGCACUACACCCGGCCUGCCACGGGAGUCGCUAGUGCGCGAUGGGACAAGGACAUCCCUGCCGACUGUGUCAGCGUGCACUACACCCGGCCUGCCACGGGAGUCGCUAGUGCGCGAUGGGACAAGGACAUCCCUGCCGACUGUGUCAGCGUGCACUACAACCGGCCUGCCACGGGAGUCGCUAGUGCGCGAUGGAACAAGGACAUCCCUGCCGGCCAAACCCACCCCUAACCCGGACGACGCUGAGGCAAUUGUGCGCCGGCUGCGACAGAGCCUGGACUCGAACCCAGAAUCUCUAGAGGCACAGCUAGCACUGCAGUGCCUUAGACCACUGCACCACUCCGGAGGCCUGCUCAGGCAUGCCUAUAUAUUUAUCUCUAUUGUCAAAUAUUCAUGGGCAUCAUCGUGGGAUUGUCAUGAUCAGUCUUACUACAGUUCAUUACCUCCUGCGAUCAAUGGACUCAAUAGAUUUUUUUUUUUACAUUUUACAUUUUUUAUUUGUGCUUUUUUUCUUCUUUUUUGGACUUCUAGUCUAUUUAAUCAAUGUUUUUUUGUGACAGUUGGUGGAAAUGCACAAAGUCAGCGUGUCUUAGUUUCGUUAGGAAAAGUUCUGUAGACGUGGAUGAUUUGAUGGCGCAGGCUGGGAAGUGACUCUCAGGCUACAUCCCACAUGUCAAGUGCCUUCCUCUCCUUGUCUACUCUCCUUCCACUCCUCCCUCUUCUCACCUACUCUCCUUCCUCUCCUCGUCUACUCUCCUCCCUCUCCUCGUCUACUCCCUCUCCUCGUCUACUCUCCUCCCACUCCCCGUUGACCCUCCUCCCUCACCUCGUUUACUCUGAUCUGAAAACACAAGACCGGUGAAACCAACAGCAAAAUAUAAUAAUAUUCAGAUCUGUUGUAAAAUGCACAAUAAACUGUAGAUUCAUUAAUUAGCUUGGAAGAAUGCCAGGAGAUUGACUUUAGUCUCUUGUACUUUCAUAGGUGUGCAGAUGGAGUGGAGACGAGGACAGGAAGCCACUGUAGACUAUUGAGAUGCAGCCUUGUUUUAAUUUUAUUUUCACUCGUCCUCUGGCUGGUUCAGAUGACUAUCUUACUUUUGGAAUCCGAAGUAUUUAUAUAUCUGCACAAUGUAGGGGGAGAGAAAACAAACGAUCAAAUCUAAUCUUUAUGUGCAUGUCUUUUUCUGUUGUUUCUCUAGUUUUGGCUUGUUGUGGGUAUCGUAGAUUCAUUUUUUCAUGUUUGUCAUCGUGGUUUAGAUCUGUCUUUACAGUCUGGAGGGAUUACUGUGUGGUGGGUACUUUUAAACACCUGUUUCUCUCUGAUAAUAAUAAACCUUAUUGUGGGGACUGGUCUGA